AUGCCCGGAAAACGUUACUUGUGUGGCACCAUCUUCUGCUUCGUCGGCUUUGUCUUCCUGGUAAUGGUGGGGUCACUGCUCAAGUUGCAGCCGCUGUAUAUUCUCAACGCCAAGAUGCCAAGUGCAGGGGCCACCUCGUGCUUUGAAGCUGCCUUGUUGUACGCCGUCGCGAUGGUCGUGUGCUACACAAUGUGGCGGCAAGAAAAGAUGCGACGAAGCGACGCACCGUUUGUCUCGGACACGUUCACGCUCAAGCGCGAUCGCGUCGCCUACUAUGGCUCGGACGACUCGGACGAAGAGCUACCGCUGGCGAAACAUCGAUCGCCUACGCCCCGGUCGGUAUAG